UACUAGUAGUAAUAAUAAUUAUAUUCUAUCAUCUCUCUUUCUUUGCUUUUAAUUCAUUAGUAGUAAGUACUAUAUAACACCAACACCCCUUGCUCUUUCUCAGCUUCAUUCAAUUUUCAAAUGGAGAAUUUACUGGGUCUUUUGAGAAUUCGUAUACACAGGGGUAUUAAUUUGGCUAUUAGAGAUGUCACUACUAGUGAUCCUUACGUUAUUGUUAGGAUGGGCAAACAGAAACUGAAGACUCGAGUGGUGAAGAAGAAUCUCAAUCCAGAAUGGAAUGAAGAGUUAACACUAUCUAUUACCGAACCAAUCCUUCCAAUCAAACUGCUUGUUUAUGACAAGGAUACAUUUUCUCUCGAUGAUAAAAUGGGGGAUGCAGAACUUGACAUAUAUCCAUUUAUAGAGACGGUGAGAAAGCGCUUCAAGAACAUUCCAAGUGGAACCAUAAUCACAAAAAUAAAGCCAAGCAGGCAAAAUUGUCUUUCAGAAGAGAGCUCCAUUAUCUGGGAAAAUGAUCAGGUUGUUCAAAAUGUGUUUAUGAGAUUGCAAAAUGUUGAGCGUGGCGAAAUAGAGCUACAAUUGCAGUGGAUCGAUGUUCCUGGUUCCAAGGGUCUGUAGGCUGUAGCUACUAUAACGCCCUAUUAUUCUAUCCAAUCAUGUACAGUGAGUAUCCUCUCUUGGUGUCCGAUUAGCUUUCAUGUUGUAUUAACUAGUCUCCCUUCUUUAAUCUGUAAAAUUAUGGCGAGAUGUUUGUGGUCCUUUCGUUAAAUUUCUGUUUCUAUGACUAUUGAAGUUGCCAAAUGAACUACUUUGGUUAUUGUCAUUGACCUUCA